AACUACCAUGCCAACAGAGACAACAACAGAGCCAGGUGGAUUGUCGAAUGGAGCGAUCAUCGCGACCGUGCUAGGUGUCAUUGCGAGUCUUCUUGUCAUCAUUGUCUGCACAUUUGGUCUCUUGAUACAGGUAUCGCGGAGAAACGCAGCAAAGCUUGCUCUAGGAGAGGCGUACCAAAGUCCAUACAGCAGGCAAACCCCUGCCCCUUCUUUCUACGGUGAUGAUCCGUGGGAGAAUUCGACGAGCUAUAAUUCUCUCGAUCGCCGCGAAUAUGCAGUUGGCCGAGCGGUAGAAAGACUCGCACACGACCGUGGAUACGGACAAGAUUACGAUCAAUUCGAGAUACCAUACGUCGUUGGAGGAGAUGAAGUUCGUGGUGUUGAACGGAACCCCUUUGCCUUCUACUAUUGAAGAAAUGUUUCAGACGAUGGAUUAGGAAAUCAAUGAUUAUUAUUUUUUAAGAAGGCUCUGGGAAAGAUAAAGAAUUUUUUUAUGAGCUGUAUGUAGGAAUAUUCUAUGGAAAAAUACCUCUUAAAACAAAUUCCACUUCAAAUGCUUAUAUAUUCAACAUUAUUUCGACAACAAAUUGCUAAAGUUUUUGGACUCUCAGUAAUACCGAGGCGAUUUUUUUAAUCAUUUUUAUGAUUCUAAAACCUAACAGAAAACACCAAUUGUUAUAUGCUUACCCCGUAAUUGUUUUCUUCUAAUUACUAUCAAACACUUCUUUUUUACAAUGAAGUCACAUGAGCAGAAACGAGCUUAUCUUUAAGUAGCGUAAUUUUGUUACUUGGAUUGCUCAUUUUGCAUUUGCCCUUUUUUUCUUAAUCUGAUCAACAAAUCACCUUCCACUGAAUGAUUUAUUGAUUCAUUAUUUUCAUUUAUAGAUGUUGCUUUAAUUAUAUAUAAGGCAAUUAAUACUUGCUUUUGGGAGAGACAGGGUUUCGUCUGUUUUUUAGCUAACAAAUUUAUAAUCGGAUGAAAACCAUGACGAUGUCUAGUUAUGUUAUAUAUAUAAUCUGGCAGUACAUGUAUAAUUUUAAUGUACCGGGAUUACAGGUGUAUAAGGCAAUUAAUACUUGCUUUUGGGAGAGACAGGGUUUCGUCUGUUUUUUAGCUAACAAAAUUUAUAAUCGGAUGAAAAUCAUGACGAUGUCUAGUUAUGUUAUAUAUAUAAUCUGGCAGUACAUGUAUAAUUUUAAUAUACCGGGCUUACAGGUGUAUUAGUAAUUCAAAUGCAGCUGUGUUUUUUUUUAAUCACUUUAACAAAAACAAGUAGAUACCCAGUACUCCACAAAAGAAUGAAGUUAAGGACUAUGAAGAUAACAUAUUUAGGACAAUUUUAGAAAAUGCCUUCGCACAAACCUCACACGAACAUAAGUCGUUGUUGUUUAUAUUUAUCUUGAAGUAGCGCCAUUUUGUUAUUUGUAUCACUCAUUUUGCGAUCAUUCAUAUCAUAAAUAUAUAUUACUAUAAUUAUAUGCAAGGCAAUGGAUACUUGCCCAGUGGGAAAGACAGGGUUUCGUCUGUUUUUUAGAUAACAGUUAGAGUGUAUAUAUAAUCUGGUAGUUCAUGUGUAUGGCCUAGAAAGAAAAAAAGAUGUUGUAUUGCCAUUUAGGUGCCAGAACCUUGGUCAGUCGGUCGGAUUUUUGUUUUCCCCUCAAAACAGCACCGUCACCCCAAAAAAUAGAAACCGAGAACGUCGCCCAAAUCUCGCUGGUGUCUAGCUGGUGCAGUGCAUGGUAUAUACACGUACACGAGAUUUCAAACUAGGGCCGCAGAAGACGUGUGAGAAUUUGGGGAAAAUUUGAUGAUUUUAUUCAUUUAUAAUUAUAUCCCAAUUUGAGCACCAAAAAAAAAAAAGUUUUUUAAUUCAAUAAACAUUUAUUUUCUAAAAUAUGGUUUUAGACAAAAUAUUAAAAAGCCGACCGUACAUUUUGUUUUAGAUGUUUGGGUCGGUCACGAAGGGCAAAACAACAUCUGAUUUUUACGCCUUAUGUUAAUGUAGCAGGCUUACAGGUUUAUUAAUAAUGUAGGUGCUGGUAUUUUGAAAUCACUUUAAAAUGGUGAGUAUUUUACGGACGAAUGGUUCAGGAGUAUUAAGAUAACAUACAUAGGACAACUUUAGAAAAUGAUUUUGCACAAAACCUAUAAGGUAUAUAAGUCGUUGUUGUUGUUAUUAUUUUAUUUAUGGUUUGCAACUAGUCUUCAUUAAUUAUAUUUGCAAAAAACAUUCUUUUUUUAAUUUAGGUUGAUGUUAUGUUUUUAUUUAACUGCUAAGAAAGCGUGUGUAUGCUUGUAAGUAAGCAACAGGCUUUUAAGAGAAGUUUAAGUUCUGGGGAGAGGUGAAAACUUAAAAAAUGUAUAGACUUCGACUUUUACUUCGUAUUAUCUCUACACUGUUGUCGGAAUAUUAUUUGUACUUCUUUUCUUAAAGGUAUCCGAUAACUUUGUCUUAGAUCCUUUUAACAAAUCCUUGAUAUAGCUCAUGCUGCAAU